AUGACUCAGGAGCGCGUAAACAAUAAUAGUAACUAUGCGUUCGUGUUAGAGGAUCCUUCUAAACCGAGAAAAUAUCAACUCAAUUUUCACCUUGGCUCCGAAUACGUAAAAGAUUUAAAGCAUAUACCGGUUACAGCGAUGGAUCAUCACCACAAUUCUCUUCAGCAGCAGCAACAACAGCAACAACAUAAUUUACGUCAUGCUGAUCUUCUACCGAAUCGUCAACUUGCUUCUUCGAUCACCCUUCCUUCUAUAAGAGAAUUGAUACAACUUCCUUUACCUUCGAUAAAUCAUCAUCAAUCUCAUUCUCAUGUUCAACAAGAUUCUAUACCCUUAAAUUCGAGACCACAUCUUCCCCCUUUACAACAUUCUUUCGAAUCACCUCCUCCAUCUCAAAAUCCUACUUCGUUUAAUUAUAAUCAUAAUACUUCCUCAAAUUCUUCUGUAAAUUCUGUAAAUUCUGUAAAUGAUCGUAUGAGUGAUAAUCAUAAUAUUUCUUCUCCAGAUGUUGCUCAUUACCAUGCUCAUCAUGGUUAUCCAAAUAGUAAUGGUAAUCAUUACUAUCAACAUCCUCCUCCUCUCUCACAUCAUCACCACCACGUAACACAUCAACCAUAUCAACCACAGCAACCACAUCUAUAUCAACAGCAGUUGCCGCAGAAUUCGCAUCACGUGCAUCAUCAGCAGCAGCAACAACAACAACAACAUUCUCAUUUACAUCCUUCGCAUCAGUCUCAUGUAUAUAAUAAUAAUGAUUUGGUUCCUGAAAGAAGUCAACAUGACCAUCAAUCUUCUGUUCCAGUCGGUUAUAAUUCUCAUAAUCGUCAAUAUUAUUCUCAAAAUAAUUCUAAUGAUAAUGGUUCUUCGCAAUUGAUCUCUUCUCAACCUUCAAAUAUGAUUGCUCCUCCUCAUGAUCAUCAAAUGUCUGGUGUCAGAAAUGUUCAAAUGGUUGAUCAUCCUGUAGCCCAACAGCUACAGCAACCUCAACCACAGCAACGUGUUGUAUCUACUUCUGCUCCUCAUAACAUGGAGAAACGAUACCCUGAUUCGAUUGUCCACGAACAACUACCUCUUCAUCAACAUCCUUCUCAACAUCCUUCUCAACAUCCUUCUCAACAUCCUUCUCAACACCCUUCUCAACACCCUUCUCAACACCCUUCUCAACACCCUUCUCAACAUCAACACCCUUCUCAACACCCUUCUCAACAUCAACACCCUUCUCAACAUCAACACCCUUCCCAACACCCUUCCCAACAUCCUUCUCAACAUCCUUCUCAACCUGUACAAUCCUACAAAAAGGUUCAUCCGACUCCUUUAACUGAUCAUCAAACUUUAACUCAGAUUCCAUUGUCUUCACCUAAAUUGUCCCAUUUACAACCUUCUCAACAACCUAUUAUUCAGCAGUAUCCUCGUGAAAAUCGGGAAACUUCUCCAUUUUAUCUGGCCCCUCCGUCUCAUCAUCAAUCUGGAAGCAAUUCUUCCGUGUCAACUCGUUCUUCUUCCCCCGCUCCGAGUACUCCAAUCGCUUCUUUUUCUUCUCAUAAUAGUCCUAAUAGUAACUUAUCUCAACUUGAUGAUAAAUCAAUUGAUCAAAAUGUUCCAAUUAAAAGACGUGGUCGCUCUCAAAAACAACCAAGACCUAUCGCUCCUCUUGGUCCUUUACCUAAUCAACAACCGGUAACUGCCUCUACUCAAUCUCAAUCUAUUGUUACAAAUGAUACUCCUGUAUUCGUACAGUAUGUGGUUCCAACUCCUAAUCCUGUUUCGGAUACUGGUUCUCAACUUCCUUCCUCAAAAUCUUCUUCACGUCCUCGAAAAAAUAGUAUAGUUAAUAAUGGUAGUAGUACUGUUUCUUCUCAAAAACGUAGUAGAAAACCUAAAGAUGCUCCCGUAUCAAAAAUUAAUCGUCCUUCUCCUGAAACUCCUUCUGAAGAUUCUUCUUCAACUGACAUUAUAACGAAUCAAAAUCAUAAACGUGAUUAUUCUUGCAUUCCAAAAUCUCAAAUUGUUGAUUCUGAUAAUAAGAGAUAUAAAGUAUCCCAAGAAAUUAAUGAUAAUGAUUCAACUAUGAUGAAUGGUAUUAUUGAAUCAAAGGAUCAAAAUAUUGAAACUGCUUUGAUUUUAAAUUCUCUGAAAAAUAAUAGCAAUGUUUGUGAAAAAUUAAGUCCUCCUGUUUCUACAACUCCAUCAGUUGUUACGAAUCUUGAUGUAGAUACAAACGUCAUCGUAGAUACGAAUGUCGAUGUAGAUAUGAAUGUCAUCGAUAAGAAUACUGUAGAUAGGAAUGUCGUCAAUAAGAAUGUUCAUGAUAUAAAUGUAGUUACAAAUGUUAUGAAUGCUGUUAAUAAUGUCGAUACGAACGUUGUCGAUACUAAUGUCAUGGAUGUUGUCACUGAAGUCGUUGCUAAUGAAUCUAUGGAUGAUCAUGUUGCUACAAAAGUUAGGGAAUUAUCAAUACAUGAGGAAAAACCUGUUGAAGAGAAGAAUAAUGAUGGUCCUCAGGUGAAAUCACCCUUUAUUCCUCGUAGUAAUAGUUCUAAUUUCUCUAAACGACAUCAAUCUCCCAUUAAAAAAUCCUCUGUGAACAUUGAUAAAAGGAUUUGUAAAGAUAAUAAUACCGGUAGUCGUGUAAUCAAUAAUAUUGUACAUAUUAGACAAGAGCAUGUCUCAAUAGACAAUCCAAGUAAUGAUUCUGAUAACGAUCUUGCAAUGGAUGAUGAUUCAGAUGAUGAGGAUUUAUCUAAACAAAAGCAAUCCAUACCUGAUAAUGAUUGGAAUAGUGGAAAAAAUGAUGAUUUUAAAUCAAUGGUUUAUUCAUCAUCCCCUCCAUCAACAACCUCUCCAUUGUUAGAUACUAACCGUGUUAAGGUAGAAGAGGUUGUUAAUAAUAACAUUAAGGCCGAAAAUGCUAUUAAUCAAGUUAAGGUCGAAAAUGCUAUUAAUCAAGUUAAGGUCGAAAAUGCUAUUAAUCAAGUUAAGGUUGAAAAUGUUAUCAAUCAAGUUAAGGUCGAAAAUGUUAUUAAUCAAGUUAAAGCCGAAGAUGUCAAGGACACUUCUAUAGUGACAUCAGGAAAUUUGACAUCAGUUACAUCUACUACUACCACCGUAAAACCUUUUCUUCCAGCUUCUCCUAAUGCAAAUUGUAGUGGUACUCUAUCUCGAAAAGCCUCAACUUCUAGUUCGAUAUCUCGUAAAGGAUCAACUUCUAGUAAUGGUAGUAAUAAAGAUGGUUCAUCUAAUACAUCUAAUACAUCAAAUUCAGAAAUUGUAGAUACUUUAUCAACACCACCUACAAAUGUUAAUAGCAAUGGUAAAUCACAAAGACCUUAUCCUACCAGACGUAGAUCUACAAUGAGAGAUGAUGAAAAAUUAGAAUUAGAUGCGAUAGAAUGGGAAAAAAAUAUAGAAAUUCCUCAUCAUAUUUGGGAUGAAACUUUACGGGUGUUUGAAAUUGUAAAACAUUCUAAAGAAAUGAAGAAUAGACAACCUCAUCGUAAAAGAAAUCAUAUUCUUGCAUCUAUUCUUUUUAUCCUUUGCAGGCAAAAUGGACUUCCUCGUACUUUUGUGGAGAUAUGUAACGCCGCAUCAAUUCGAAAGCAAGAGAUUGGAACAUAUUAUCGUCUCAUGCUUAAAGUAUUUGAGAAUAAUGGAUUAGGUGGUGGGUCUAAUGGUACAAAACGAUGGUGUCAGAAUCUUAAACUUCCAUCACAUAUACUUGAAGCUGCUAUUCAUGUAUACAGGCAAGCAAGUGAAUUGAAUAUCACAACAGGAAAAUGUCCAGUUUCAGUUGGCGCUGCUUCAAUAUGGUUGUCAAUUGCUUCGUGGAAUGAGAUUCGUAUGCAACAUUGGAACGGUACUGAUGAUCAUGAACAAAUAAAGUGCGAACACAAAGAUGUUGCCCAAGCUGCUGGUGUAGUAAAUGCCACACUCGUCGGCUGUUUCAAAAAUUUAUCAAAAUUCAAAGAUGAAUUAUUACCACCUGAAUUUUUAAAGGAAGCAAAGACUAGGCCUCCGGAUCUUCAUAAAAAAAAUGAUAACACUGAGACUAAUGCUGCUAGUAGUGUGGAGGAUGAGAUUAUUGACAAGAAAAUUACACAUGGUCCUUUAUUAGAUAACACUAUAAUUAGUAGUCCACCUCCUAUGGAUGAUACUGUUGACAAUUAUAAAGAAACAGAAGAACCAAUAAUAUCAGCGCAAACAGUAAAAGAUGAGCAAACACAAAUAUCGAUUUUUAAAUCAGAAUCGAAUUUAAAUGAUACAACUGAUUCCAUAUUAAAAACGAAAACCGAUUCUUCAAAUUCUAAAGACAAUGAUGAAAAAAUAUCUUCACCAAUUAAACCUGUAACAAAAAUAAUAGAAUCGGUGGUUUCUGAACCUCCAGAUGAUGCAGAUGAUGAGUUAGAAGAGGUGAUAUGA